GUUGACAUGAAACACUCUGAAGACCGAAGCUGAGUAGUUUGCACGUACAGUACCUUAGAAGUUGGAAAGCAGCGCUUGUUUGAAAGAUACUUUCAUACACCAUAGCUCAACCUUCAAGAAGCUGAAAUUCACCUCUAGCACAGUCUCUUCAGAUCUUUACACUGCCAGUCAGUCAUGGUGGACCAGGCACCAUUCGAACAGAAGAACCGGGAGCGGAUUCAGGCAGUGGAGAAUUCCUUUGGGCCCUCUGGGAAGUCGCUGGUGGAGCCGGGUCGUGUGUUGGUGGGAGAGGGGCGACUCCUGAAGCUGUGCCGUCGUCGGCCGCAACAGAAGGUGUUCUACCUGUUCAAUGACAUCCUGGUGUACGGGAGUAUAAUUCUUCACGGGAGAUGGCACAAGAGGCAGCAGAUCAUCCCUCUGGAGGAGGUGGAGCAGGAGGACCUGGAGGAUGGGCUGGGCAUGGUCAACCAGUGGCUGCUCCGCACGCCUCGCAAGUCCUUCUCCGUGGCCGCCGCCUCGCUCGAGGAGAAGCAGGCCUGGAUGGAGCACAUCGAGGAGUGCCGUCUGCAGCAGAUCGAACGCCUCGGCCUCAAGUCCGAGAAGAGGGGAAGUUUCGCCGCCUCCUGGAUUCCCGACCGAGCGUCGGCCAUUUGCAUGCGCUGCUCGGAGCGCUUCGGCGUGACGCAGAGACGCCACCACUGCCGCCGCUGCGGCUUCAUCGUCUGCAACGGCUGCUCAAAGGGUCGGGCCGUGCUGGAGAACAUCUCCAGGAAGCCGGUGCGCGUCUGCCAGCAGUGCAUGGCCACGGCGCAGGGGGACACACAGAAGGGACAGCCCAACAGCAGACACUGGCACAAGGACUCGGUGGAGGACAAGCAACGCACGCGCCACCAAGACGCCUCCAGCGAAGAGGAGGCCGAGGAGCUAGCCGAGAGCCACACGCCCACUCAGUGGGCCAGCGCACAGGACAGCUCCUGGUCACCGUACUGCUACUUUAACCCAGAUCAUCUAACGCCGCCUGCACUGACGGACUGAAGCCAUUAGGCAGAAAAUGGCAAACUGGAGGAGCUAAAACAAAGACUGAAUUUUUAAGAAAUAGGCAAGGCUAUUUCACUAACACUAAUUUCCUGAUAUAUUUAACUGAAGUAGGUUCAUCCUGAUAUUGUUUAAAGCAACAUAUAUUUUAUAUAUAUAUAUAUAUAUAUAUAUAUAUUAUAUAUAUAU